GUUGACGUUUGGAUUGUCAACAUUAAACAACAAAAACCAUUUUUUUAACCAGACGUUAUAUUUACAUUGUUUUUAAAGUAGAAAAUAGGCACUAAAGGAAAUAAUAAGUUUGUUUAAUUUUUUAUAAAAAUACAAAACAAAUUAGUAUAUUUUAAAACAAAGCGUUGGUGAAUCCUAUCAUGUUUUAAUUUGAUUAAUAAAUACGAAAAAUGCCUAGUUCUUUGCUGUUUGGAAUCAACAAUGAAGGUAGAGUUCAUACCCUUUCAACCACUGGCUCUGUCUGGAGGGAGCUACCUUAUGCUGGUCAGGAAUUUAAGAAAUUGUCAUCAGUACCAUUUUUCUUGUGGGCCCUUGGAGGAGAUCAUCAGAUUUAUGUGUAUGUUUAUGGUCUUGAUGUUCCUAUCAGGGUGGUGGAAGAGGCUUACGAAAACGAGCGAUGGUUGCCAAUAGAAGGAUUCUCUUCACGCCUACUUCCAACUGACCGUUAUCACUUCUCGAAUAUAGACGGCUCCGAUGACCGUUCGAUAGAUAAAAUUAGACUUCCUUCCAUGGCAUGGCAGUGGGAGGGCGAUUGGCAGAAGGAAUUGACUCUGAACGGUCAGCCGUUAGAUCACGAUGGCUGGACCUAUGCCGUGGAUUUUCCAGCAACCUACUAUCCAAAGAAACAGUGGAAGACCUGCGUGCGAAGAAGACUUUGGACUAGAUCUAGGAGAUAUAGUGCGAUGAACUCUUGGUGUGCAAUUGCACCUUUACAUAAGGAUGCCACCACCGAACCUUUUAUUGACAUUUCUAUUGGAGGUCAAAAUGUAUCUGGAGCAGAAGCAGGAACAAUGCUUGUGUGGGCAGUAACUUCUCAUAAUAGGGUAAUGUUUAGAUCUGGAGUAACCACAAGAUCUCCAGAAGGAGCUCGUUGGAUUCACAUUCAAACACCUACGGGCAGUGAAGUAUGCCAAAUAAGUGUCGGGCCUACUGGGUUAGUUUGGACAUCAACCAUAAAUGGUACAGCGUUAGUAAGAAUCGGUGUAGGUCGCGAUAACUUACAAGGCGAUUCCUGGGUGUCAGUCAAUAGUCCUGGAGAGAGUUUAAGAAUAACUCAAGUAUCCGUUGGAACAUGUGCUGUUUGGGCAGUGACUCAAGAUAAGCAGAUAUGGUUUAGGAAAGGUGUUAAAGGAGAAGGAGCCAGAUUGAGUGAGGAAUUGUCUACGGGGAGUGGUUGGAUCGAGAUGGUGGGACGAAUCAGUCAGGUAUCUGUGGCAGCUAAUGAUCAAGUGUUUGCGGUAGGUGCUGAUGAUCGUCUUGUAUAUCAUAGAACUGGUGUCUGCCCUGAAGAUUUAACAGGAAAAAGAUGGCAUGCAUUACGCGCUCCUCUUCAAGUUAGCAGAGCUAGUAGUAAUGCAAGUCUAAAUAAAGAUAAGUUCCAUAGGAGCUAUACUGCUUUGCAAUCUAGACCUAGCAGCAUGAUAGAACAGUCUGCCAUAACAGAGUGGGACAACCAUCCACAUUCGGCACCAUCGGCGCCAGCUUCUCUACCUGUAGGCGAUUUAAGUACGAAGUAUGAAAUUCAACCGAAAAACCCUAAGGCUUGGAGUCCCGUGCAUUCGGUAGGAUCAAUAGUAGGAAUGGAAGUACAUCCAGAAACUGACGAGAGCGUGUGGAGCGAAUCUAGUCGUGACUCCUGUAUUUUUGCAGACGAUGAAGAACUUGGAUGGGCUGAGUACGAAGCUCCUUGGUCUUGUGUAGAGUCUGGUGCAUGCACUGUGGACAUACCUCAACUACCAAACUGGUUCGGAGACUCAGAUGCAUACAAUCCAAAUGCCGAUUUUGAUCAACCUUGGAGAAUCAAAAUACUGGAUGAUUUGAAAGAACGACUUCCUAAUAGGGAUACUUUCACAGAAUAUGAACUAGCUGUUAAUACCACUUCCUGGAUGCAUGCAGGAGAAGCCAGAGUUAGUAUUAAUGCUUCAAGUUUUUCUGACUGCCUUUUGCAACUGGAAUGGAUUGAGAAUAAUGGAAUUUUAACUAUUUUGAAUCCGGAUGGAGCUACUGCUAUGCAUUCUUUUAGUCUUGCCGAUAUAGUAUGCGUUCGACAAUGCAGUGAUCCUGGUAAUCCGCGCUUAGCGAUACAUAUUCCUAGACAUUCAGCUAGGAUCAUCAAAUUGCAGUUUAGUAGUGAUGCUCUUCUAGAGGAAUGGCAAGCGUUAUUUGCUACGAGUUGUGGAAAAAUACACGACACUCUAGGAAAACCAAGCGAUGAAAGUGUUUGGGCUGUAACGAACCUCGGAGACGUCUUCGUUUGGGAUCCGACCCAUUUGGAGUCAAAUCAGCUGCGAGAAGACGACGUUUAUGUGCAGAAAUUCGAUUUAAGUAGAAAAGAAUCACCGUUUAAAGUGGCCUUACACGUUGGAUGUAUACCAGGCACAAUUAUAACUCUGAAUGGUUGUGUAGGGGACGAAGCGGGAAGAAUUGCAAUAAAUCUAGAGGCUCCGCUGACUUACAAACUUAAGCAUAAGGCGCAUACGGAAAUAGAAAAUGUUUGCUUGCAUAUUAAUCCACGUUUCGCCGAAAAUCAGGUUAUAAGGAACGCCAUGAUUGAUGGUAAAUGGGGCGAAGAAGAAAAAUUCGGUGACAAUCCUUUUGCUAGAGGACAAGAAUUUAAUCUUAAGAUAGAGACGACUGAAGACGCUUUUAUUAUUUUUGUGAACGAUCAAAAAUUUACUUCAUUUAGACACCGCCUUCCUCCCCAGUCGGUGUCUGUAUUAAGUUAUUGGGGAAAAAUGCAACCAUUUAAAUUGAUUAUAAAAAGUCCAAUAUUAAUUAUGGAUAUGUUAGAUUUAUACUGGAGACAAAUCGGAGGGCACUUGAAGAGAGUUGAAAGUUGCCCUGUAGGUGUUACUUGGGGUAUAGGAUAUGACCAUACUGUAUGGGUAUAUACAGGCGGAUGGGGCGGGGGUUUUCUGGGUACCUUAGACAGUAAUAAUGUACAUCCAAUGGCUGAUUCGCAAGACUAUAGAGUAUACGAAAACCAGCGUUGGAAUCCCGUUACGGGUUAUACUUCUGCAGGCUUACCGACCGACAGGUUUAUGUGGAGUGAUGCCAGCGGUAAAAAGAAACGUACGAGAGAUCAAGUAAAGUUGCUUUCGGUUCACUGGCAGUGGGUUUCUGAUUGGAUGACUGAUUUUCACGUACCAGGAGGCGUUGAUAAAGAAGGGUGGCAGUAUGCUGUAGAUUUUCCAGCUACGUAUCACGCCAAUAAACAAUUUACUGAUUAUGUUCGACGUCGAAGGUGGUAUAGGAGAUGUGCUGUUGCCACGACGGGGCCUUGGCAGGAACUGGGACACACUAAAAUAUUAGACGUAUCCCUCGAACCUGUAGGCGAUUUUGUAGAUUCCGUCGUGGCUGCGUGGGCCCUUGCUACAGGUGGACAGGCGGUGAUUAGAGUUGGAGUAUCCAAAUCCAAUCCUGCGGGUCACGUAUGGGAACAUGUUAAUACAGAUCAACCUCUAACCAGUAUUAGCUGCGGUCCGUUCAAACAAGUUUGGGCCGUAGGAAGGAAAGGCUGUGCUUAUUAUCGCUUUGGUAUUACUGAGGAAAAACUCGAGGGAGAAAAAUGGAUAUGUGUGGAAGCUCCGAAAGGUGGUCAACUGAAGCAGAUAUCGGUCAGUUCGAUUGGUGUUUGGGCCGUCGAUCAUCAAGAACGAAUACACGUAAGGAAGGAGAUCACACCCACUUUUCCAGAAGGAACGCACUGGCAGACUAUUGUCGCUGAUCCGCCUAUUUUAAGUUCUGCUUCAGACACAACAGGCUUCAAACACGUGAGUGUUAGUCAUAAUCAAGUUUGGGCUACCACGAAUGCUGGAAUAAUAGUGAGAAGGGAAGGUAUAUGCGCUGCAAAUCCCGCAGGGUCUGGUUGGGAUAUUGGAAUAGCGGGCAAUUGGCAGCAUGUGAGUGUAAGGGCUUUCAAUUAAUACUAAGCUAAUGUGAUUAUAUGAAGUUCAAAAAUUCCAUUUUUUAUUUGCCGGAUUUAUACAUCCAAGAACAUGUAGUAUUAAGUUUUAUUUAUUUAGAGAUUGCGCUAGUCCUAUUUUGUUGAUAUUUUUUAUUUAUACAAUAAAUUAUUUUUACCAA